AUGAUGCAAUUAAUUGCAUUUUCUAUUGUUCAGGUAUUAGAAGUGAAAAUAGAUGAGAAAAUCAGGGAAUUUAGUGAAGAUUAUUACCUGCUGAAAGUGAAACCAGCCACCUCUACCCAUCCCUCAGUGAAGGAAAGCAAUGAAGGAUCACGACGUACUAGUACCACAGAAAAAGGAGAAAAACAAGUAGAAGGAUUCUUCCUUAGAGCAGGUCCACUUGUAAAACUGGAUUCUGAUUUCAUAUCAGAUCUUACGAACAUUACAAAUGACAGUAAGUUGAACUAAGUUGACGUUUAUUUAAUAAAUAUAACAUAAUUGUGUCUCGUGAUAUGUGGUAAAACGUGGUUAAAUGUGGAAUAAAUCCUGCAUGCAUUCACAAAACGUAAAGUACGAUGUCAUUUGUGCCGCCAUUGAACACUUGUACUAUUUGUUAUUCUGUUGUGUGAUUUGUCACAUUAGAGAGGUACAGAUUUGACAUUCGCUACAGCUACCAUUACCCAAUCAAGUGUCAGUUGUUCGAAGCGGUUUAAUCGUAGGUUAGCAUUAAACUUUAAAGCAAACUUCCCAACUGCUUGUUUGGAAACUUGUCUGGGUGAAUAAAAUUUAUAGUUUCUAAACUCUAACGUUUUGAAACACAACAACGUGCAGAAAUAAAUGCAGCGGUUAAGCAGCGGUUAAGUCAACCUUGAAGCCAAACUUGAAGGCCAGUCCCAGUCUUUACGCUGCAAAGGUUGCUCAAUCUGUCAGUCAUGACAUACAAACACGCGUAGUCUGACCUCCAGGCUUCAAGAAAAAGAUAGGCAGUUUAUCUGAAGGUAGUGUUCCAGUAAAUUAGCUGUAUCCAUUUCAAUGAUUCAUAUAUACAACCCUUUGCUAGCUGAUGGUUUCAGCGAAUAUAAAAUAAAAGUCACUCGGAACAAAUUGUUUCCAGCCGUUGGUGUUCACGCUAUUUCUCGACGACCUUGGCUCAAAACGUCGAAAUUCUGCUUGUAUUUUUCAUAGUUGUAUCUUUCAUAGUUGUAUCUAAUACACAGACCGUUCAAAAUUAUGAAUUUAAAAUAACUCUAUCACUUCAUUUCUAGGCGCUUUCCUAAGAGUGAAUGAUGUAUUAGAGCAUUUAAAAUUAUGAAUGAUGUAUUUAGAACAUUUAAAAUUAUGAAAAUAACUCAUCACUUCAUUUCUAGGCGCUUUCCUAAGAGUGAAUGAUGUAUUAGAGCAUUUAAAAUUAUGAAUGAUGUAUUAUUUAGAACAUUCAAAAUUAUGAAAAUAACUCAUCACUUCAUUUCUAGGCGCUUUCCUAAGAGUGAAUGAUGUAUUAGAGCAUUCAAAAUUAUGAAUGAUGUAUUUAGAACAUUCAAAAUUAUGAAAAUAACUCAUCACUUCAUUUCUAGGCGCUUUCCUAAGAGUGAAUGAUGUAUUAGAGCAUUCAAAAUUAUGAAUGAUGUAUUUAGAACAUUCAAAAUUAUGAAAAUAACUCAUCACUUCAUUUCUAGGCGCUUUCCUAAGAGUGAAUGAUGUAUUAGAGCAUUUAAAAUUAUGAAUGAUGUAUUAUUUAGAACAUUCAAAAUUAUGAAAAUAACUCAUCACUUCAUUUCUAGGCGCUUUCCUAAGAGUGAAUGAUGUAUUAGAGCAUUCAAAAUUAUGAAUGAUGUAUUUAGAACAUUCAAAAUUAUGAAAAUAACUCAUCACUUCAUUUCUAGGCGCUUUCCUAAGAGUGAAUGAUGUAUUAGAGCAUUUAAAAUUAUGAAUGAUGUAUUAUUUAGAACAUUCAAAAUUAUGAAAAUAACUCUAUCACUUCAUUUCUAGGCGCUUUCCUAAGAGUGAAUGAUGUAUUAGAGCGUUCAAAAUUAUGAAUGAUGUAUUUAGAGCAUUCAAAAUUAUGAGAAUAAUUCUAUCACUUCAUUUCUAUGCGCUUUCCUAAGAGUGAAUGAUGUAUUAGAGCAUUCAAAAUUAUGAAUGAUAUAUUUAGAGCAUUCAAAAUUAUGAAUGAUGUAUUUAGAGCAUUCAAAAUUAUGAAAAUAACUCUAUCACUUCAUUUCUUAGGCGCUUUCCUAAGAGUGAAUGAUGUAUUAGCAUUCAAAAUUAUGAAUGAUGUAUUUAGAGCAUUCAAAAUUAUGAAAAUAAUUCUAUCACUUAAUUUCUUAGGCGCUUUCCUAAGAGUGAAUGAUGUAUCAGAGCAUUCAAAAUUAUGAAUGAUGUAUUUAGAACAUUCAAAAUUAUGAGAAUAAUUCUAUCACUUCAUUUCUAUGCGCUUUCCUAAGAGUGAAUGAUGUAUUAGAGCAUUCAAAAUUAUGAAUGAUGUAUUUAGAGCAUUCAAAAUUAUGAAUGAUGUAUUUAGAGCAUUCAAAAUUAUGAAAAUAACUCUAUCACUUCAUUUCUUAGGCGCUUUCCUAAGAGUGAAUGAUGUAUUAGAGCAUUCAAAAUUAUGAACGAUGUAUUUAGAGCAUUCAAAAUUAUGAAAAUAAUUCUAUCACUUCAUUUCUAGGCGCUUUCCUAAGAGUGAAUGAUGUAUUUAGAGCAUUCAAAAUUAUGAAAAUAACUCUAUCACUUCAUUUCUAGGCGCUUUCCUAAGAGUGAAUGAUGUAUUAGAGCAUUCAAAAUUAUGAAAAUAACUCUAUCACUUCAUUUCUAGGCGCUUUCCUAAGAGUGAAUGAUGUAUUAGAGCAUUCAAAAUUAUGAAUGAUGUAUUUAGAGCAUUCAAAAUUAUGAAAAUAACUCUAUCACUUCAUUUCUAGGCGCUUUCCUAAGAGUGAAUGAUGUAUUAGAGCAUUCAAAAUUAUGAAAAUAACUCUAUCACUUCAUUUCUAGGCGCUUUCCUAAGAGUGAAUGAUGUAUUAGAGCAUUCAAAAUUAUGAAUGAUGUAUUUAGAGCAUUCAAAAUUAUGAAAAUAACUCUAUCACUUCAUUUCUAGGCGCUUUCCUAAGAGUGAAUGAUGUAUUAGAGCAUUCAAAAUUAUGAAAAUAACUCUAUCACUUCAUUUCUAGGCGCUUUCCUAAGAGUGAAUGAUGUAUUAGAGCAUUCAAAAUUAUGAAUGAUGUAUUUAGAGCAUUCAAAAUUAUGAAAAUAACUCUAUCACUUCAUUUCUAGGCGCUUUCCUAAGAGUGAAUGAUGUAUUAGAGCAUUCAAAAUUAUGAAAAUAACUCUAUCACUUCAUUUCUAGGCGCUUUCCUAAGAGUGAAUGAUGUAUUAGAGCAUUCAAAAUUAUGAAUGAUGUAUUUAGAGCAUUCAAAAUUAUGAAAAUAACUCUAUCACUUCAUUUCUAGGCGCUUUCCUAAGAGUGAAUGAUGUAUUAGAGCAUUCAAGUGAAAAGGUUCGUACAGAAAGACAUUUUCGUUAAAAGUGACCACAUGCAUGAUAAGGCAGUGAUGCUCCUACAUUUUGCUGAAAAGUAAAAGUGAUAUUUUGCAGGUGGAUUAUGUUUCUGUGAAAAGAUUGAAAACUGAUAGUGAAAGUUCAGUGUCACGUUAUGUUCCAAGAGUUGAGGAAGUGUACAGUAUCUGUAAUGCAAGGAUUCCUUAUCUUAUUUUAUGUAACGAGGUGAGUGCAAGUGUUAAUUUUGUAACAACAGAUGUUUGUGUUGUUACUCUGAAGUGUGCAUCCACACCGGACAAGCUGAAAAGCUGACCACGGUGGGAAUCGAACCCGCGACCUUUGGGAUACGAUAGUCCAAUGCUCUAUUGCAUUGUGAAUGAAUUUCUGCAUAUAUUUUUUCGGAUUCUUUCCAAAGUAUUCUUUCCCAGUGUAUUAUGAAAUUUUCGCAUUACCAAGAAAUGAGACUUUUAGCCGGUACAUCCCUGGUACAAGGGUAAUAUCUUGAUAGAUUAAUAUCCUGAAGAAUGAAUUGUUACUGUUAAAUACUAGCCAUAUGAGUAACACCGAAAACCGCGUCAAUAUGUAAUAAUUAUCUGUAUUAACGCCUUUCCAAAGGUCGGUAUAUGAUCUCUCAAAUAUUUCCAGCUUAACUUUAACUUCUCAUGUUUUGUUGGAUGGAUCGAUAAAAUAUUGAUUUGUAUUUUGCAGUUCAACAAAGCAAAAAUUCCUUAUCAUGAAGUGUACAAAGAUAAUGUUGAUCUUUCUGUGAGAAUUCUGGAUCUGCCAACACCAAUAAACUUUGAUAUGAAAGUUGUGAAACAACUAAAGAAAAAUCUUCUCGACUGUACGGUAUCUCAUGACACCAGUAAUGGUAACCAAUGGCUAUUCAAACUUAUCAUGGCUAACCCUCCUUUUAAACAUAACCAACCGAAUGCCUCGCAGCAUGUUUUGUUGUACUAUAAAUCUGGAAGCAAAACUCGAGAAGAGACAAGAGAAGAAUAUAGUGAUAAAUUUGUAUGGAGCAUGUUCUUGGAUGAUUGGAAGUCUAUAUGUCGGUUAUAUAAACACGCCAAAGAACUAGAUGAAUAUUUAGUAGGUGAGUUUGGUUAACAGCUGUGCAUGACUAGCACAUUCAAGCAUCCUACAGCAUAAUCAAACUGGAACUCAAUUUGUAAAAUACUUCCCCCCACUAGUUUUUCCAGUCUUCUUUUAAAAGUUCUCUCAAACUCUUGUAUAUACAAUAGUUGAUGUAAAUCUGCCGUGUAUGUGGUCCCUCGUACAGUACGUGAUUGUCCCUGCCAUAGGAUCAGGACAUAAACUUAGUUAUAAUUUAAUUUCUCGGGGAGUGUCCUGCGAUGGUACUUAGUGUUCCGUUCCCACUUAUACCCUUUGGGUUCGUUUGCUUAUUUUCUCUGCAUGAUAGUCUUAAAUUUUGUUACAUUAAUUCUGUAAGUAUAUUAGUAGUUAACCCAAGGGGGGGGGGGGGGGGGGGGGGGGGGGGGGGGGGGGGGUGUCGACGAAGAGAUUAGAAUUGAUAUCUUUCCAUUUCAGAUUCACGUUGCAAUUUGUCUUACAUUUGUUCUGUUCAUUCUUUCACCUACAAAGAACUGGUUAUAGCCUAUGGUCCAGGUUUUCAAAACUUAGUAAGAUACUCUUUUUGUGAUGUUACUCUGAGUGUAUACCCACCAGGCCUCGAAUUUUCCUGAAAUCAAUCGACGGCAAUGGCGUUAAAAAUUGCCGUAGAACGUAAUAGCUGUCUACGGCAAUUUUGGCAGUUUCCACGGCAUUUUUCAAAUUACUGUAAUAAAACUUUAAUUUUAUUGUUACUUUGGAUUUUUGACAAGCUAGAAACAUGUCUACGUAUUUUUUUAGUGUUUUUUUUUUCGAAGAAAACUGAGACUAAAAUAGUGAUUUACGCAUGAUUUGAUCAACAUCUGAAUUCAAGUAUCAAAGUAGUAAUGCACAGUGAAUAGUAUAAAAAUUGCACUAUACGGCAAAAAAUUGCCGUCGUUGUGCAAUGAUCCACGGCAUUUUGUUCUCCCUCUACGGCAAUUGCCGCGAUAAAAUUCGAGCCCUGAUAUCCACACCGGGUAGGCUGAAAACUUAGCCUGACCACGGUGGGAAUCGAACCCGCGAACACAUUGGUAUCGAAGGUACUAGACUUAGUUCCGAAAUACCACUCACUCGAACAGACUUGGCCUCGUAGCUCAGUAGUUGGCAGAGCAUUGGACUGUUUUUGAGUUCGGAACUCUGUAACAAGUGUCCAAUUUCCUGGUGGGACUUCAACAGCUUGUAUAAAGCAAGCAAACAGCUUUAGUUUCAUAGGCGACAGAAUAUUAGCUUGGGGGUAAAUCAAGCCCUAGGUGGGUCGUAGAAAUUUGGAGUCUCUGAAAUGACAUUUUCUGUGUUUUGACAAACCACGACGUUUAUCGUAACCACCCACAACAACAGUUUGAAACCACACAACGGGGAAUUAUGAAAUUUGGGAGGGGGUUCUACUUUUUCAAAGUUUGGGGGGGGACCUAUUAUCUACUCUCUUUUACUUUUAGUGGGAAUAUCAUUCUGUAAAACUAAAGCAAUGAUUAGCAUAAUGUAUGUUGUAUAUCUUUGCAGGUGACUGUCAAAUGGUCUGUUGGUGAAAAAUCCUUUACUUUCUCAUUCUCUCACAUUGGAGAAACGUCUGGCCAUCAACAUGAAAUGAUAAAGAACGUUCUUCAAAAUGAAUUUUCGAAACAUUACAAUCUUCCCUAUGUCAUUCAGGUAAACUGAGAACAUUUUCGUCUUUCCUGUUGUUUUCUAACGAAAGUAUUCGAAGGCAUGAAACCCAGAUAACGGAACUGAACACGAACCAGUUAUUAUAGUAAUUAAACUAAAUGUAUAGUUGAACAUGUAAUAACUUAUUGGGAAAAUCAGUAACGGAAUUUUGCAAAAUAUUUGUACUCAAACUUUUGACAAGUAACUGUAUUACAGUAUGUCUUCUAACAAAUAUUCUCGGUGUAAAUUUAUUUGUCCUAUGCGUUUAUUUUCUUUUGUUUAGACUCUUCACGAAACAUGCGCCCCAUUUUAUUCCUUAUCAAAACUCCCAACUACACUGGGCAUGGUAAGUAUACAUCUUAAUAUUGAAAUCAUCCUUGGGCAUCUUGCUUGAUAGAACUAACAAACUUAACCAACUGAGCUACAGAGUUCAGAGGCGCUUUCCAUAUGACGGAAAUUCCGGAAAUCUUGCUUGAAAAUCUAAUGGAACACGUUAAUAUCUGGAAUGCUGUUUCGAAAUUUUUCGAAAUUUUUACAUCCAUUAAAACAUUCCCCAACUAGGUUGCUGCUUUCCAGUCUUCAACGAGCAAAAACCGCCACCAAAACCAAAAUGGCUGGUUCUCGACCAUUUCAGUGCCUCGAGUCUGGAUUUAUUUCGCCGAAUGCUGAAAGAAGAGAUUUGAGCGGCAGUAUCAAAUUCUUCAAAAUUAAAGGAACAGCAUUCCAGAAAUUAACGUGUUCCAUUUGAUUUUCAAACAAGUUUUCCGUCAAAUGGAAAGCGCCCAACAAACCUUCUAUUAUUUACAAGCAACAAACCUUCCAUUAUUUACUGUCACGCUGUAGCGUUCCAUUUUGCCACUGGACAUUCCGGAAACGCAAACUGUUUUUUUUUUUGUUCAAAUGGAAAGCGCCCCAGGUGUCGAGCUCUGACUGGGUUCGGUUCCUGGCCUAUAGUUAACCUUCCGCUCGAAAUUGUCAUAUCUAGAAUGUUGUCCGGAGUAAUUCUUACAAAUUUAUUUUCAUUUUGAUUUUUGUAGUUCCGUGGUUUAAGUAUAAGUCCAGCGUUUUCCGUUCUCCCCCAGUCCUCCAGCUGCGCGAGAUUGUCGUUUAAAGACUACUAUAUGUUAGAAUUUAACUUCCGCUCGAAACAACUAGUGUCAGUAAGAGGUAAGUACUUGUAUUUGUAUUUGUAUUUGUGAGGAAACAACAACUCGCUUGCCAGACGAAUCUCCGUCGUGCCUUGCAGGAGAACUGUUGACAAAUUAUAUAGUAACAAAUAAUAUAUUUCAGAAAUCAGACAACAAUUCUGAAAUUAAAAUUUCAACGUGCACAUUUGCAGUAUAUGUAUAAAUUAGAGUGUACCAUGAAAAGAGACUUUAAACAUUGCCUAAAGGCUGCAUUCCAGUUACGCGUUUUUCGCUUAAAAUUUCAUAUAAGUGCAAAUAACCUUAACAAAUACACAUUAAAUCAUACACAAAACUGAAUGCUGUCCUUUUAUAAAUUUAGUUAUUUCAUAAGUAGGAUGUAAAGCGAAUUCAACUUUUACGUGCGUGUCGUACUCAGAAAUCACCAAUACAUUCCAAUAUUCAAAAUGAUUUAUUUUCUGAUUUAGAUUGUGCGCAUUAUAAAAUUCCUGGAUAAGUUUCAAGCACCAAUACAGCCAAUUCACAAUUUAAAGGUGAGAUUCGUGUUAUUAAACACAAUGAUAUCAUCUCAAAACUGAGAACCUAAAAGUGAUGUGGUGGCAUUUCACUCAAUGUGAAGAAAGGUUUUCUUUUGAGGAACACGAAUCUGAAGCGUACAUAACAACGCAAUUCAGAAUAUACAGUAUACAUGCAUCAUUCUUGCAUGCUAAUUAAAAUAUUAUAAUGUAAGGGCGCUUUCCAUUUAAUGGUCUGACCGGUCAGACCCAAAUUCUUUUCUCUGUAUCAAUGGAAAGAUCUGGUCUAUGUUUCUCAAAUAUCUAGCGAAAAUGGACCUCAUUCAAAUGUUAUCUAAAUUUUCCGGUCCGAAGCCCAAAUGUUUUGUGUUCCAUUCAACAAUUUGAUCGUUUUGACCAGUCUGGCCGUGUUAAUGGAAAGCGUCCUAAGUUCUAAGAAAUCAGGUAUAAUAUCGUUUCGCAUCUCUGGUGCAAUCCCAAGCUACUUACGCACAGUUUUGAAUACCUUGGAAAGUUCGUUGGUCAUGUGGUAGCGGCAAAAUGUAAGUAGAUAGCAAGAGUACCGCGUACCUUCGUGUUACUUGCAGGGCUGAAUAGUAUGAAGUAACCUCCCGUACGUAAGUACGCGAACUAUUGCACCCUGAUUUCCUUACCCAUCCGCCAUGAGAGUUACCUGAAUAAGAUUUUCUCUUUAUUCAAUUUAGGCGUUUUUACAGCAAUAUAAUGAUGGGCAUACAGAAAUCGCAAUGAAAAAUGUAUAUGCUUUUAACUGGGAGUCGUUGUCAACAUCACCUUUAGCUAAUCCAGCCCUAGGACCUCGUUUUGAAAAUACGCAAAGGUAUUGUAUAACGCAAUAUGUGGAGUAAAAUUAUCUAAUAAACCGUCACAGACGUCACUCUGUAAUAAAUGUUCCGUAUCUAAUAGACGCUGUCAAAUCAUCAUUUUGUGAGAAACGUCCCUCUCUAUUAAAUGCCCCGUAUCUAAAAGUGGUAUGGUCUUAUGCAUCGUAUAUAGUAUAAUUGUGUGGUAUGGUCUUAUGCAUCGUAUAUAGUAUAGUGGUAUGGUCUUAUGCAUCGUCUAUAGUAUAGUGGUAUGGUCUUAUGCAUCGUAUAUAGUAUAGUUGUGUGGUGUGGUCUUAUGCAUCGUAUAUAGAGUGGUGUGGUCUUAUGCAUCGUAUAUAGUGGUGUGGUAUGGUCUUAUGCAUGGUAUAUAGUGAUGUGGUGUGGUCGUAUGCAUGUUAUAUAGUGGUGUGGUCGUAUGCAUGGCAUAUAGUGGUGUGGUAUGGUCUUAUGCAUGGUAUAUAGUGGUGUGGUAUGGUCUUAUGCAUGGUAUAUAGUGGUGUGGUAUGGUCUUAUGCAUGGUAUAUAGUGGUGUGGUCGUGUGCAUGGUAUAUAGUGGUGUGGUAUGGUCUUGUGCAUGGUAUAUAGUGGUGUGGUCUUAUGCAUGGUAUAUAGUGAUGUGGUGUGGUCGUAUGCAUGGUAUAUAGUGGUGUGGUAUGGUCUUAUGCAACGCAUGUAGUGGUGUGAUAUGGUCGUAUGCAUGGUAUAUAGUGGUGUGGUCGUAUGCAUGGUAUAUAGUGGUGUGGUCUUAUGCAUUGAUGAAAUACUGUAUAGUGUGGUGUGAUAAUAGUGUAGUAGAUUUCCCUAUAAAAUAAUUGCUUAAUUUAUGGGCGUUUAGUUCAGUCUUCUUAAAAACGGCUCUUUGUGUUUUGUUUAUGAAUUAUUAAAGAGGUUGAGAAGUACGGGGGGCGGAUUGUACGGGGGCGGAUUGUUCAAUGCUGGAUUAGCGCUAACCCUGGGUAACCCACUGUUUUAGUUUGUGUAUUUCUGCACGUGGUAUUGAUCCAGAAGAGAUUUCUAAAGUUUUUAAACAAGCUGUUUGGAAAGUUGCUUUCAAUUUUAUAGGUUAACCUGGGGUUAAGCAAACCGGCUUUCGAACAGCGACCCCAGAUGUACAUCGGUUAACGUACACAACAAAUAAAGAUGAAAAGAUGUAAUGUUGAAAGGUAGUUCAGUACAGCAUAGUAAGGUUGUUAUAUAUUUGUGUUUUUAGACUCCCACAUGCGACUGGAUAUAAUGAGCUACGAUCAGCUCCUAUUUCUUCAUCGAAACAUGGUAUGUAUUGAAACACGCCAGUUGCUGUGAUGUGAUAUGUAUUCCACUCAGAUGCUUGCUGCACCCAGAAUGUCCAUACAUUAAAUCGACUAACGUUUGUUUAUAUAAGUUUGAAUGUUGAGCGCCAGUGUAGGUAGCGAUGAAAACAAUAGAUCAUUUCCGAAUUAUUCUCAGGGAUGAAUACAAGCAUUUUAGUGUACUACCUUGUUGUCUAAAUUCUUAAUUUUGCCUCCAUGAAAUAACAUUGGUUGCGGUGAAAUAACAUUGGUUACGACCAUUUUAAAACAGAUUUUUAAUGGCGUGUUAAAGAAUAUACAACGAUCAAGUAUUUUCCUAUUUCAAAGCAUAUUGUGAAAAGUAGAAUUCUGGAGAAAGAAGGAGUUUCAAAACUCAAUUGAAGAUUGACUUUUUUGCUACCGGUAGUAGAAAUGUGCCUAUAUUAAUCCCUAUAUUCUGUAUAGUUGUCAAACAAUCACUCCAAGUCGAGGUGUCGUACUAAAUUUGUAAUACAAACAUAACUUUGGACGUACUCAUGUCUGUGGGUAUUCGACCAUAAUUCGGAAAUGGUGGGCUUGGAUGCAUGUAUGAUGCAACUACCUGAAAAGUAAUAUUCUCGACAUUUCGAACAAAGGCCCUGGAUGUUAUAGUAGUUAAGGUGGCUCCCUACAGUUUUGAUUGUACAGCACACAAUUGUAUUUAAAAAACCAUUAUUUUAUCAUCUUGCAAAGUAUGAUCACGAAACUUGGCCACACAACUGCUACAAUAUCGCCAAUUACGAAAAAUAAAAAAUGUCGUUAAAAAUCCCCGUUGCCAUGGUAACAAAGCGAUUUUAAAAAGGGUCAAUUUGCAGAUUCUUUGAUAAUUUUUUGAAAAUUUCUUCGGUAAAACUUUUUAACUUUUUGCACACAGUAAUCUUAUCUAUAAUUCCUUCAAAUGAUAGCAUUUUAAAAAAAUCGUACGAGAAUUUUUUUUAAUCCUCAAAAAGCCCUGUUUUUAGAAUAAAAAAAAUUCGGCUCGUACGAUUUUCUUAAAACUUGCUCAUUUUACGCACUUCAAGUUACAGGAAAGUGUGUGAAGUUUUAAAAAAUUUUACCGAAGGAAACACGAGAAAAAUACAUUUAUUUUUAUCUAUGUGACGUCACAAAAAUCAGGAUUUCAAUUUCCUCGCGAGGCCAGCCGACAAUCCCAAGGCUCGCGCGUGUAUAUCACGCACGACGCAAUUUUAAAAAACCCUCCACGCGUGCAACGUCAACCACGCGUGUUACGUGUAGCACUAAUCUCGCGCGUGGACAAAAUUUCCGCGACACAGACCUAAAACUAUAGGGAGCCACCUUAAGGGACGGUCCAUUAGAAAAGUGAAGGGGGUGAUGGAGGGGGAGGGGAGUUUCUGUCCUGCAUGGAUUUUUUUAUAUUUUUUCAACGUUUUAUGCACACAAUUCACAACUGGGUAACUCGCAUGCCUAGUUACUACAUUGUUUAAAUUCACGAAAGCAUAAUUCAUACAUGUUUGAUAUAUUCACUCAUGUAGAUAAAUCUAAUGCUUCCUUACAUCUGUUUAUUUUACGCUUUCGUAAACUAGAAGAACAGUAACGAUAUAAGAGUUGCAAAACAAUGCUUUUCUUCUUUAUUUAAUUCUUCAUAUAAGCCCCAUAUAAAUAAAAUGAGUUAGAUACAAACUGCGGUACCGUCAUAGCCCAGACGUAGCCCAGACGUAAUGUUGUUGUAAAAAUUUUUAUCAACAUUUCUUUCAGGUCUUGUUCCGCGUUUAACGACAUUAUCUUCACUGAAUUUCCCCGUCCCAUCACCUGCUAUCCCUAUGUCACCUACAGUCACCAACUUCUUAACCGCCCCAGUACCUGCCGCUAGUGCCAGUACUUAUAUACCCGCACCAUCACCUGCCUCGUAUUUCAAUGCCAUCCCAUCACCAGCAACACCCUAUCAAUUUAUUACGUCACCAGCUACACCACAAACUGGUGUCCCAUCCCCUGCCGUGCUCGCGCCAUCACCCGGAAAUGCGUCAUGGUCGCCACAAGUACCCAGUUCAAAUACUCAUCAUCAGAGGAUAGCGUGA